GGAUGUCAAGAUAAGCGGCAAGAUAAAGACCGACACACAGCUCAUGCUGAGUGGAAGAAGGAACAAUCUGCAACAGGUUUCCUCACCAUCUCACCCUUCGACAUGAAGCCAGUGACGGCAUUUGCAGUCUUGUGUGGCAUGAUGGCGCUGACUGGAGCAUUUGUGCCACCAUUGGAGGAAAUGGAAGCAGCCAAGACAAAGCUGGUGAAGCGGUCCUUCAGCUGUCCUCCCUUGUGGAGUUACUACUAUGGACGCUGCUACCUUUACGUCACGACUCAGAUGAGUUGGGCCAGAGCUGAGAAGCACUGCCAGGACUUGGGCGGAAACUUGGCCUCCAUUCACAGCAUUCUGGACUACCAUGAGAUUGAGAGGGUCAUUGCAUUAACAUACCGUGGAUCCGGAACGGUUUGGGUCGGAGCCUCUGAUGCACAGCAGGAGGGAUUCUGGCUGUGGAGUGACGGGACACCUUUCCAUUACACCAACUGGUGUCCUGGAAAGCCGAGCGCCCACAACACUUAUCAGAGCUGUGCUGAAAUGCAGUUCCCAGGAAACAAGUGCUGGAGUGACACUCACUGCAACUACAACAGGCCGUUUGUGUGCACCAGGAAGUCCUAUUAAAUGGUGGCAAAAACGUGCCUCAUUUUGCUUUUACUCGACCCUGUCUUUGCUGUAACGCCAUUUAAGGAAUGAAGCGACAAGUGACCAAAGCAGAAUGUUUACAAGAAGAAUGUGUUGUGAAGGAAAGCUUGCAGCAACCUCAAAAAAUAUCGGCUAGUGCAACGUGACGUCAUGAAGUAUUGCAAUCUUACAAAUGAGGCCUGGGGAAUUAGACAUGCUAAUAAAGUUUAAGGAAAAUAAAGUGUUCAACAUGUGUGCUUGUUUAAGUAGAUUACCAGUCCACCAGUCCUGCUUUCUUGUGUGUGUGUGUGUGUGUGCAUAUAUAGACAGGUGGCAGCUAGGAUGAUAACAACAACAACAAACAUGGAGGAAUCCCUGAACAAAAGCAAACAAAAGCAUCUGUUUGCUUUGGUCCAGGGAUGUUUUUCACUACAUAAUGACUAGGAUUUGAACUACUCUGAAUGUACUUCAAAAUCUUAUAAUACUGAAAUUCUUAUACAAAUAUUUUCAAGACAUUAAAAGAGCUUUAGUUUAAAUAAGGUGAUAUAGAAACUUGAAUAUAGUCACCAUCCUGAUUUAUUGUGCCAUUGUCAAACUGAUGCAAAAUAAACAAUAUUUUGUUCUUUAAAUGUAUGCAGGGGACAUAA